GUCUGCAUGCUUUGCUCUGUGGGCUAUCAUCUUUUUUCCUGUCAUCGAUCAGAAAAAACCUGUCGAAGAUGGAUGGCCUUAGAUUAUGCAGGAAUCUCUAUUGGAAUACUCGGCUGCUAUGUCUCAGGAGUAUUUUAUGCAUUUUACUGCAACAAUUAUUGGCGUCAAGUAUACUUGAUCACCGUGCUUGCGAUGAUCCUGGCAGUAUUCUUUGCCCAGAUUCAUCCCAGUUACCUCACACAGCAGUGGCAGAGGCUCCGCUCUAUCAUCUUUUGUUCUGUUUCGGGCUAUGGAGUAAUCCCUACUCUUCACUGGGUUUGGCUCAAUGGAGGAAUCGGUGCUCCUAUCGUACAGGACUUUGCACCCCGUGUAGUUGUGAUGUAUGUGAUUGCUCUUCUUGCUUUCCUAUUCUACAUUUCCAAAGUUCCAGAACGGUAUUUUCCAGGACAACUAAACUACCUCGGAUCAAGCCACCAAAUAUGGCAUGUCCUUGCAGUAGUGAUGUUAUAUUGGUGGCAUCAGUCCACAGUAUAUGUCAUGCAGUACAGACACAGCAAGCCUUGUCCUGACUAUAUUUCACAUUUGUGAAUUCAGAAUCAGGAAUGAAGAAUCAGGGAGGAUCUGUCACAUCUUAUGGCAUCCUACCUGGACAGAGUACCCGAUGUGAAGAUUCUGACUGACUGGCAUAGAGCUGUACAACUCUCCAUUUAGCAGGUACCUACUAGAGAUACACUUUGCCCUGUAUUAAAAUGUCAAGGGGCAAAGCCUGCACUUCUGGAUUCCUGCCAGUUGCUGAGCUGAAUAGGCCCACAUCAACCCAAAAUCAUCAUUCCUGGUAAUUCCAGUCCUAUAGAAUGUGAAAAAAAUCAUCUCAGCUGUUAGGGGAGGGACAGAAGAGUCUUCUCUAUGCAUUGUCACAAUAACUGUGUUUAUAUUGAAGAGAAAUAUUGAAGAGACAUUUUUUAGCAUAUUUCUAUAGGGUAAUGAGAUAAUGUUCCAGAACUAAUGGCUACCUUCAAAGAAAAAAACAGAAAUCCCCCACAUACAUUUCCUGAAGGGAGAAAAACGAUUGGGACUUCUGGUAAAAAGUGAACUUCUUUAUCUUUCUACAGCUCAAAUGAACAGCCACCAAGGUCCUUGUCCUGCUCUACAAAUGUGUCAUCAAAAUACUACCUAGCAUGCACGUAAUUUCAAUUGUACCAACCAUCUGAACUUUUUAAACAUGCAACAAAUAAAACUUCAAAAGCUCAUGCCCUGAUAGGAGAACAGGUACAUAUGAUGCUUGAGUUAGGCUCCUUAAAAAGGAAUUAUUCAAAACAAAUAGCUCAAACUGUAUCAUAUAUUCUUCUCCAAAGAGGUUAGCUGUAAC